AUGAUCUUACAAUGUUUUGCUGCAACGACAGUGUUGCUCAUUACUGGAGUCCAGAGUGCUACUGAUAUUGGCACGAAUGCAACGACACAGCUGGAUGGUUUUUGUCGUCGAUUCGAGCAUCGCACGACGGUGCUAAACAACAAGUUGUAUCUUGAUGGUGGCUAUGUUAAUACGAACCCCAUGAGUUCGGAUCCAACAAAUUACACGAAUUCGCUACUUCUCUACUCAGACCUCUUAGUAACACAAGAUGGCAUGCCUAAGAUGCGGUCAGGUUCCGGCAAAGAUUCAUCGGUACCUUCAGUCGCAGGCGGAGCUUUGUGGGCCGAUGAGAUCAACCAGCGCUUCUACGCUUUCGGUGGCUACUUCACCUCCAGCACUCCUUCCGCAUUCCAAACCUGGACUCACGAUGAAUUACACGGCUUGUGGAGCAAUGUUAGCACGGAAGGGGACGUGAUGUCCUACGUCGCUCACGGCAUGUCUGCCGUAGCACCGGAUGCAGGAAUGGGGUAUUACUUUGGCGGAUAUCACGACAAUGAAACUGAUCUAGGGUGGACGGCGCCGAGACUGUAUACCUCGACUUUGGUUGAGUUUGAUAUGGUUAGUAGGAAGUAUUCGAAUUUCACGGGUUCUGAUGGGAAGGGGAGAGGAGAGGGUUUGAUGGUGUUUAUACCAGCGUCGACGUCGGGUCUUUUGGUUUAUUUUGGGGGAGUUGUGCAGGAGAGACCAGGGGGAAGUGUGGUUGGGGAAAUUUGGAUCUACGACAUCUCACUCCGAAAAUGGUAUCAGCAGAAUGCCACCGGCGAGGUUCCGGAUGCACGAACUCGUUUCUGCGGCGUCGCAGCUUGGCCGGAUGACGAAUCUUCUUUUAACAUCUACAUUUACGGCGGCCUGAGACCCGAUGCCGAAAAUACAAACGGCAGCACAGCCUUGGACGACCUCUACAUCCUCUCCCUUCCCGCCUUCGUCUGGGUGAAAAUGUAUCCUGCCUCGAACCAAAGCCAGCCCUCUUUUGGCCACCACAGCGCCACCUGCAACAUCAUUAACGGUACCCAAAUGAUCGUCAUGGGAGGCAGUUUCCCGCAAACCCAGUUCUGCGAUUCCCCGGCCUUGUAUGCGCAACAUAACGUGGAUUUGGGAGAGAUCAAUGCCGAUAAGGAUAUAUGGUAUCUAUUCAACCAGGACAAUCCACCGUAUAGACUACCUAUCGCGUUGACGAAGGUUAUUGGUGGGACGGAUAAAGGAGGCGCGAAUAUAACAGCACCGUUUACAAAUCAAACGUACGACAAAUAUCUCUUCGAGAAGGAAUAUAAAGUCCCACAGCGCUAUCCAACGCCUAUUACUUCCGGUACUCCUCCCGCAAAACAACAGUCGAAUGAGCUCAGUCGUACCGCGCUCAUUGGCGCAAUUGUUGGGGCAGUUAUGGGAGGGAUCUGCAUUGGUAUUGCUGUGUUUUAUAUUGUUGGGUAUAUGCGACGUCGACCACGCAAGGAAGAUAAAAACCCGCACGAGAAGGAUGGGAAGGGGUCGGGGAAGAUGGUGGAUGAGAGAAUGCAUUUGGAAGAGUUGGAGGGAAGGGAGAGGGCGGAGUUAGGGAGUGAGAGUGAGCAGAGGUUUUUGGGCGAGAUGUGGGUCGAACCGGUGGAGCUGGAGGGGGAGAGGAGCGGUGGGUUUAGGGGGGUGUUUUAA